GAGAAUGGAAGCGUGCUUUGCAGCUUUUGAUAAAGACGAGGACGGGUCAAUAAAUAUCAAUGAAUUUUCGGCUUUGUGCAAAGCAUUGUUUAGAAAUGAGAAAGGAAAACCUUAUAAACUUGACUCCCAGCAGGUAUCAGAUCUGUUUAUGAUAUUUAACACGUCUGGUGAUGGUUCUAUGAGUAAACAGGAGUUUGUUUACUGCUGGAAUGGUUGGAUUAAAAAGAUUGUUCGCCCUCAGUCUGCCCUUGUUGUCGUGGAUGUUCAAAAUGAUUUUAUCUCGGGUUCUCUAGCUCUUCACAGACCUGUCAUAGAAGCAGCUGAGGAACAAGAUAAUCUUGAGACAAGAGACGCUGCUCUGUACAUACAGCCCCGGAUGCUUGAUACUGUACCCUUCGACAUGCAUUGCUACAGUCUGGAUUGGCAUCCGAAGGAUCAUAUUUCCUUUAUUGAGAACGUUGGAAUCAGAACUCUGGCAGCUGAUAGUCCGAUUCAAGACGGAGGAAAGUGCAAUUUGUAUGAUCUUGUUAUUUUCGAGGGACCACCAAAAACUAGCCAAAUCCUUUGGCCAGCACAUUGCAUCCAGGAAUCAUGGGGCGCAGAACUACAUAAAGAUUUAAAGGUUCAUCCAAACGCGAAAACGGUGUUCAAAGGAGUCAACCCUCAGCUGGACUCCUACUCUGCCUUCUACGACAACCAAAAGCUGUCGAAAACUAUCUUGGACGAACUGAUUAGGAAGGAAGGAGUCUCCGACCUCUACAUCUGUGGAAUAGCAACUGAUGUGUGUGUUGCUUCAACUGCUUUCCAUGCUCUGGAGUUAGGCUUCAGAACUGCUCUCGUGUCCGAUGCUUCCAGGGGUAUCAAUUUGGAGAAUAUAAAUGCUGCGUAUAACAGGAUAAAAGAAGAACACGGGGUUAUUGUCAAUUCAACAGAGGUUAAAGCAAUGGUCCAAGGAAGAGACCGCAGACCAGAGCUUGGAUACAAGCUAGCUUUGGAGUGCAGGAAAAACAUCACUUAUCCCGCUAAGAAUAAGAACAGCAAGUACAAUAAGCAGAUAACUAACAAUGAUGGGAAUAUGAAUGGGAAUGAAACCAUAUCUAACCCCCCUCAGCUUGUUCGAGCCUAAACAGCUAGAUCCGAGAGUAGACUGUAGACUGUAGACUGUAGACUGUAGACUGUAGAUUAGUUGAUGGAACAGAAUCAAUAGAUUUGUAUUAUUAUUCAAUCUUAAGUUCACAAGUCACUUAACAACCUCUUCUUGUACAGUCGUAAAUAUCAUUACAAUGAAGACGACUUUCAAUUAUAAAUUCGAUUUAUACCAAGCUUUUAAACAGCAUGGUUACACAACAUGGAAACAAAGAGAUGCUGUCAAUUAACAAUUUCUCUAUGUUUGCUUGUAAACUUGUUAUUUGCUAAAAGAUUGUUAGAAUUUAAAACCUAAAUAGAAAAGUCGUCUUCAUUGUAUUGAUAUAAACGCCGACCACUGUACCUAUAUCGAUGUAAAGUGCAACGUUAUAGAAAACUUUAAUAUUUUACACUCUCGCUUUAAUAAUUGUAAUUUUUCAAUGAGUAAAUUUAGUAAAUGUAUAUUAUGCUUGAAUUUAUCACUCGCCUAGUGCAGUUUACACCUAUUUCAAAUAUUGAUUAUCUGAUGAAUUCAUAAUUUAGAAUAUGCUAGCUAAAGUGCCCAGCGUUGCCCGUGAAAU